AUGGACCUAGCGGCUACACUUGUGGCCGUGGACGCGGACAAGGGGCAGGAGGCCUUGAUCACCGCCCCACAUACCAAGUGUGCUUCAAAAGAGGACACACUGCCACUGAAUGCUGGCAUCGAUUCGAAGAAGAUUAUGUGCCAGAUCCAAAGCUCUGCCCAAUUCUCCAUCUCCGCCGCCGCCGCCGCCGCCUCCCAAUUCAAUCCGCGUCUUCCUCAUCCCGCCCGUCGGCGUCAAUGGCGUCCAGCCCGGACCACGCCUUCGGAGCCACGCGGUGGAUUUCCAGGCUCGUUGCGGAGGACUUCUCCAGGGGGUGCAGGGAGGACCGGACCGGAGGACCGGUUCUGUGUGGAGUGCCUCGCCGCCUUCUGCGGCCACUGCUGCGGCGGCCACCUCCACCUCGGUCACGAGGUCGUCCGCGUCGGGGAGGACAGAGAGGGCCACACCGCCGUCGCUGUGGUGGACCUGCAAAAGCUCCUGGCGUCUCCUGCCGCCGUGGACCGCCUCGUCGACAUCGCUUCCGCCGCCGCCAGCGCCAGGGCAUCCCGUCGCUCCGGCUCGAGGAAGGACUCGUUCUGCAUGGACUGCGCUGCGGCUUUCUCCUCCGCACUCUGCGACCACCACGAUGGCCACGAGACCGUCCGCAUCGUCCUCCACGAGGGUCGGUACUGCGUGCGCUGCACGGACUCAGAGCCGUGGUUCGAGGAGUUCGACGGCGUCAUGACGUACCAGGACGAGUCCAGCGCCGUGCUGGUGCCUCUGCAUCCGCCAAGGUAUUCAACACUCAGGUUCGGCUGAGAUGCUCCGGGCGAGGCGAUCCUCCAGGGGACAAGCUACUGGCCUUGGAAGCCAGCUUUCACGAGAUAACACCCGUAAGGCAAUCGACUUCUGAACUCCGAUCUGUUCGGUGACAUCUCCUCAGUCAACUCUGAAUUUCUGAUGCAGUUGUUUCCUCUACUGCUGUCGCUACGACUUCUGAUGCUUCGUUUCCUCUGUAGCGAGAAUUCCUCUGCUGCUGUCGCUGUGAUUUCUGAUGCUCACGUUUCUUCUGUCUACGUUUGCUCACGUUGCUGUCGCUGCGAUUUCUGAUGCUUACGUUUGCUCACGUUUCCUGUCUGUUGCUGUUCUGAAUCUGUUGUUCUGAACCUGUUCGUUUCGGUUGUUUGCUAUGGAUUCUGGCUUGCAUUGCUUGUAGCUGUAUGCUGCGAAUUUAGAAUUUGAUGAGAUUCAGAGAAACAUCGUAGGAAAUAUACGUGAUUCCAGUUAGAUUUUACUGAUAGGAUUCAAAGAAACGUUGUACGAAAUAUACGUGAUAACAGUUAGAAGAUUUUACUGAAUUCGUAUGCUGAA